AUGACUCCUAAGGGCAUGGGAGGUCAUUGGAAAGGAAUCAUGUGCCAAGGACCCGCGCAACGUUACAAGUCACUAACGCGGGAUAACCCCCUCCAAAGAGGCCUCCUGCCUGCUAUUCGUAGGUUGGCUAGAAGAGGUGGAGUGAAGAGGAUAAGUGGUCUACUUUAUGAGGAAACUCGUGGUGUUUUGAAGAUCUUUUUGGAAAAUAUUAUUUGUGAUGCUGUCACUUAUACUGAGCACGCUCGCCGUAAAACUGUAACUGUCAUGGAUGUUGUCUAUGCUCUUAAGAGGCAAGGUCGUACUCUUUACGGUUUCGGUGGUUAGGUUUUGUUUUCUAGGGUAUAUUUUCAGUUGAUUAGGGAAAUUAAAGGAGGUUUGAAUCUCUGUAUUGUAAUUGGUAAAUCAGUUGUUAUAUGAAAUAUUUUUAUCACUUUUGAUUGUGAUA